AUGCAUUUGAUUCGAGCCAUUUUCUCAUCCAUCCAUCCAACCUACUCUCUCUAUGGGAAUGUCGUCGGUCCAAAGACCAGACCAGAUAUUUACCAUCAAGGCGCAACUGCGACGAAAGGAAAUCACAACAUGGUAGCCCUCCAAUAUGGCCUCCUCAAUCUCCAAGAGCAGGUCUUCUGCUCCAACUCAAGUUGUCCAUAUCCGGCCUUUCAUCGCCAGGUUUCAGGAUCGGCUGCUUCAAUAAUAGCCCAUCGACAACUGUUCCAUCAUCCCGUCUUUUCCCAUGGCUGUACCCCAGACCGUGGCACCCCAUUAUCAUCAAGCUCGGCUCAAGUUUUCCCAUCAGAGACAAACCUUCCAAUCAUCUUCCUGCAAGCACAGCUCGAAAUAAUCCCGGAAGUCCUGUCGCCCAGCCAUAUCCCGAUCAGAGACACUCAAAAAAAUAGCCGCCGGAUCCUGAUCGUCCUCCACUCAAAUCGGGAUCUCUUGAGAAAUCGCCUUUUGGUGUUUAUUUGGUAUCCCAUUGAUACAUCCCAAUUCGACCCUCGAAGCCCAGAGUCGUUUAAGAGCAACCAGGAACGAGAACGCGUGAUGGCAAUCGAUUGUGAAGCCGGCACACAGACUGCCUCGGAGAUGGCAAACGACCUAUCGAGCCAUCUCACCAUCCAAAACACCAACGGACAAAUGAAUCAUGGCCAAGCCAAUGGGAAGAAGAACCCUCUCAAGACCAACAAUUCUUAUGUCCAGCUUAACCUCCCGACGGGCGGCUACCGGGAGCCCGAAUCGAACGAGGAGAAACGAAGACUGAUUUCCCGGGACUUCAGAAGUGAUACCAUGACCGCACCGACCGAGGAGAUGUUCGAGUUCAUGAAAAACGCGUCGAUCGGUGACGAUGUCUAUGGGGAAGAUGCGAUGACGAAUAGAUUCCAGGAAAAAAUCGCUCGAUUGACUGGAAAGGAGGCUGCCGCGUUCUGUGUCAGUGGUACGAUGACGAAUCAACUAGCCAUCCGGACCUGGCUAACACAACCACCUCAUUCAGUCCUGUGUGACUCCCGGGCCCACAUCCAUAACUACGAGGCAGGCGGGAUCGCCUUCCAUUCCCAAGCCACCACGAUCCCCGUCAAGCCGAAGAAUGAACACACGCUCACUCUGGAGGACGUCCAAGAAUCGAUCAUCCUAGGCGAUGAUAUUCAUUAUGCGCCAACCAAAUUGGUGUGUCUGGAGAACACCAUCCGAGGCCUCGUCCAUCCGCUCGAAGAGAUGCGAAGGAUCCGGGACUUUUGUCACGAGAACGAGGUGAUUACGCAUUGCGAUGGGGCCCGGAUCUGGGAGGCGUCAGCCAAGACGGGCCACUCGAUUGCCGAGCUAUGCGAACCCUUCGACUCGGUCAGUCUGUGUUUGAGCAAAGGCCUGGGCGCGCCGAUCGGCAGCGUGCUUGUUGGCCCGCACGAGUUCAUCAAGAAGGUCCGCUGGUUCCGCAAGAUGUUCGGAGGAGGAAUCCGACAGUGCGGCUCAAUCGUCGCCGCCGCCGACUUCUGCGUCACUUCUAAUUUCCCGCGGCUCGCUGAAACUCAUCGGUUGGCUCGUUACCUCGCCGAUCAGCUCGUCGCGCUCGGCGUCCGGAUCGCGUUUCCCGUCGAGACAAACCAUGUGUUCAUCGACCCGUCUCCGAUCGGGAUUGAGAUUGAGGAGCUUAGUCGGCGAGCGCUAGAGGAGCUCCAGAUCCGGAUCAGCGGGGCCCGACUGAUCGUGCACAUCCAAGUGAGCAGGCAAGCCGUAGAAGAGCUGGUCGGGCUGGUCCGCCGGAUGAAAAGCUCGAGUGCGCCGAGCGACUCUGUCAGCGAGGAGGACGAGCCCGGGUUGUCGAUCCUCACUAUGUCCACCACUCAUCGCACAUGA